CUCCCGGGGUGGCUCCGGGCCGGGGUGGGGGGCGGCCAGGCGGGCGGGGCAGAGACAGGCGGGGCGGGGCGGGGCGGGGCGCGGCUCCACAGCUGGAUGGCCGGGCUCUCCCGGAGCGCCGCUGCCGCUGCCACCGCUGCACGCACGUGGCAUGCCUGGAUGUCCCUGCCCUGGCUGUGGCAUGGCGGGCCAAAGGCUCUUCUUCCUCACCACCCUUGCCCUGCAGCUGCUGGGAAGGGCUGCAGACUCCCAGCCAGCCCUCCAGAACUGGGGUGCUGCAGCAGCCUGUCGCCUGGACAACAAAGACAGCGAGUCCUGGGGGUCCUUGCUGAGCAGCGACAAGCUGGACACCUGGAUCUGUUCCCUCCUUGGCUCGCUCAUUGUGGGGCUCACGGGGGUCUUCCCACUGCUUGUCAUUCCCUUGGAGAUGGGGACCAUGCUGCGCUCAGAAGCUGGGGCCCAGCGCCUGAAGAAGCUGCUCAGCUUUGCCUUGGGGGGCCUGCUGGGCAAUGUGUUCUUGCACCUGCUGCCCGAGGCCUGGGGUUAUACCUGCAGUGCCAGCCCUGGAGGUGAGGGUCAGAGCCUGCAGCAACAGCAGCAGCUGGGACUCUGGGUCAUUGCCGGCUUCCUAACCUUCCUGGCUCUAGAAAAGACAUUCCUGAACAGCAAGGACAAGGAGGGGCCCAAGCAGCUCCAGGCCUCCAGCAAAGACCCCACUGCCACCAUGCUCAAUGGUGGCCCCUGUCCCACCCAGGCAGUGGCACAGCCUGGCCUGAGCUCUGCAGUCCGGAACCUCAAAGUCAGUGGCUAUCUCAACCUGCUGGCCAACACCGUAGACAACUUUACCCACGGGCUGGCUGUGGCUGCCAGCUUCCUCGUGAGCAAGAAGAUGGGGCUCCUAACCACUGUGGCCAUUGUCCUGCAUGAGAUCCCCCAUGAGGUGGGUGACUUUGCCAUCCUGCUCCGGGCUGGCUUCGACCGCUGGAGUGCCGCCAAGCUGCAGCUGUCCACGGCGCUGGGGGGCCUGCUAGGUGCCGGCUUCGCCAUCUGUACGCAGUCCCCCAAGGGCGUAGGUAUGGGCGCGGGUGGUGCCUGUCAGAGGGCAGGGACUGGACCCUCGUGCUCUGGGCUUGCAGCCAGUCAGGGUCUCCUCCUCGCAGAGGAGACAGUGGCCUGGGUCCUGCCCUUCACUUCCGGUGGCUUCCUCUACAUUGCCCUGGUGAAUGUGCUGCCAGACCUCUUGGAGGAGGACAACCCAUGGCUGUCCCUGCAGCAGGUGCUUCUGCUCUGUGCCGGCAUCCUGGUGAUGGUGCUGCUCUCAGUUUGCAUCGAGUGACUUGACCGUGGCUGCCCAUGCGCACAGCAAUAAGAUUCGGAAUCGCCUGUGACCAUGUGUGUGCGUGCCUGUGUGUAUGCAUGUGUGCCCAAGACCAACACUGUGACCCUGCCCACUGCAGCAUGCCUUCCCACCAUCCAGGUAUCUUGCACCUGCUGCAGGAGUAGUGCAGAGCCACAGUGCUGGUCCCCACAGAACCCAGGACCCUGGAGAGUGGGUGGUUUGAACCACCCAGGGGUGCAGGGACCCCCAAAGAUGAGCACCCCUGUGUGGAGUGGAUCCCUCUGCUCACACCUUGGGCCCGAUCUGCCCAAGGCAGAGGCCAAGGCCAGGCACCUUUCCCCAGGUCUAUCUUCUUGGCCCACUUUUACCACCUCUCUAGCCAAAGAAAGGGCAGGCAAGUGUCCACGCUUCUGUCCCUUAGCCAGUGCCCUUAGCAGCACUGCCACCUGGAGCUGCCACACAGCCUGCAGGGCAACAGUGCCCAGGCUAGGCCCCUCGCUGCCAGCUCAGGGACGCACUCCCGUGGGCACAGGGCCUAUAGACAGGCUGGGCGGGAUGUGGCCCCCGUCCCUGUCGUCAGCGCUCAGGAAUGUGCUCCUGUGCUCUGGAGGAUGAAGCCAUAAUCCCCUGCUCUUCCCUCGAGGCCUUACAGCAUUCAGCUGUGGCGCCUGCACUGUAAAUAUGUCUAUAGAUGACACAGAAUAAAUAUGCACAGACCAGA